ACAGAACGGCGGCUAAGCUAAUAAGGCUAAAUGUGGCUGAUCAGUCGUAAUUUAGUUUCAAAAUAGUUGUUAAUUGCAAAGAAAGUGUAACACUACUGGUGRUGGACAUCGGAAGGACACAUCGGAAUAUAAUUAGUGAGUUGUGGUGAACAUUUAGUCUGGGAAAAGUUUGGUUUGAGGCGGAAAAUGCUCCUGGAAAAUGAUGAUUACGAUGCUAACAGCUAACUGAGCACAGCUGAUUAGCGUGACGUAAUUAAGGAUAUCUAAUUUCACCUGUGACGGACUUGAGCUGAAGACAGAGACUGGACUUUCUCAUCGGUUCGGUUUGAAUCUCGGAGGAGGAUGAAGGUGAAGAUCCGUCAGUGGAAUGGAGUGGCCUCCUGGUUGUGGGUUGCUAACGAUGAGAGCUGCGGGAUCUGCAGGAUGGCUUUCAAUGGCUGCUGUCCGGAGUGUAAAGUACCUGGAGACGACUGCCCGCUGGUCUGGGGUCAGUGCUCCCACUGUUUCCACAUGCACUGCAUUCUGAAGUGGCUGAACUCCCAGCAGGUCCAGCAGCAGUGCCCCAUGUGUCGACAGGAGUGGAAGUUCAAGGAGUGAAGCUCUUCAAGCACUUUUUGUAAUUGUUUAAGUUGGAGUUACAUUUUGUACUGGUUCUGUUUUAAUUUGGAAUAAAGCAACAGAAGAAAAAA